CCGAGGGGCGGGGCCGGCGUCUCUGGGCUUCCGUCACUUCCGGUUCUCUGUCAGUUGCAAGCGAGCGAGCAGAAGGAGGUUCGGCUGCGAGAGUGGAGCAAUGCCUAAAUCAAAGGAACUUGUUUCUUCAAGCUCUUCUGGCAGUGAUUCUGACAGUGAGGUUGACAAAAAGUUAAAGAGGAAAAAGCAAGUUACUCCAGAAAAACCUGUGAAGAAGCAAAAGACUGGUGAAACUUCAAGAGCCCUGUCGUCCUCUAAGCAGAGCAGCAGCAGAGAUGAUAACAUGUUUCAGAUUGGGAAAAUGAGGUACGUCAGUGUUCGGGACUUUAAAGGGAAAGUCCUAAUUGAUAUUAGAGAAUAUUGGAUGGAUCCAGAAGGUGAAAUGAAGCCUGGAAGAAAAGGUAUUUCUUUAAAUCCCGAGCAAUGGAGCCAGCUGAAGGAACAGAUUGCGGACAUUGAUGACGCAGUAAGAAAGCUGUAAAAUCAGAGCCACAUGAAACCUGUACUGUUCUAGUUGUUUUAAUCUGUCUUUUUACAUUGGCUUUUGUUUUCUAAACGUUGAUUUCCAAGCUAUUGUAUAUUUGGAUUGCAGAACAAUUUGUAAGAUGAAUACUUUUUUUUUUAUGUGCAUUAUUAAAAGUGUUCUGAGUGAAGCUAAUUGUCAACUUUAUUAAGGAGGAUUGCUUUGUGCCCGCCACCUAGUGUAAAAUAAAAUCAAGUAAUACAAUCUUAACUGUUGUGGCCUUUUUUGAUCAAAAGAGUUGGUACUGUUUAAGGCCAAAAGUAACAGUUUAUAGACCUGUUGGUUUCACCUUGGCUUUUACAUUCAAAGGAUUUGUAUUGCAUUGAAUUUAUAAACUCUGACUUGUGAAAUCCAUAGUUGAUCUGUUUUCUUCCAGCCCGGUGUCUAGACUUGUUGGAUUUUUCUACCCCAGUGAUAUUUCACUUUCCCCUUUGUUUUCUUUACUUUGUUUUCUUUUAAUGUCAUGUUCAGUUUUUAUAUUACUUUUUUCUCUUUCUUGACUAUAUUAUACUAAUUUGGAAAGUCAGUGAAACUGUCAAAAUGUUAGUUAUCUCAAUAAGGUACUUGUAAUUAAAAUAUUAUAUGAGAGCUACAAUCACUAAUUCUACUGUAUUAAAUAUUAGGAGAUAUAGUUUGAUAAAAAAAACAUGACUUGUAUGAAAACUCUGAGCAAGUAAGUGUAUGUUGUUACCUGUAGUGUUCUGUGUAGUUACCUUAUUGCUUAGUCUGCAGAGAAUAAUGACUUCGAUGUCUGAUUUACUUUCACUUAUUAAACAUGUUCACCAUGGGAUGAUGUCUAUAAAAUCAGAUACUGUUAUAUUAGAUUAGGAUUUAAUAAAAAUUGUGAAAGCUUACUGGCCUAACAUUUUAUUUUAUAACAUUGAGUAUGGAUUAUAUAUAGCCAGAGAUAUAACUGAGCUUUACUGUCAUCGUAGGUAAUGUGGUUAGUUUUUGGAAGAAAGAGUAUACAGAACAUAUAUUUCUGUUUUUUGGCCUUCUCUUAGUAGACUUGGUUCUUUUUUUUUUUUGCAGUUAAUCUACUGGACAAUAGUAUUCUAGACUUAAUGUUACUAAGUUUUAGCAGGUACUCUGAAGUGAUUUUCAUUAAAGUGUAGUGAUGAGGCAGACCCAGAUUGAGGCACAGAUUUCAGGGGCUUUGCAGCAAUAAAUAGGGCAGGGUGUGCCUUAGGAAGAGAAUUUAAGGAACUAUAACUGAAAUGAAAGAAGGUGGCAGUGAAGAGGAAGGAAUUCUCUUCAAACUAAAUGAGACAUAGGAUAUUUUGAGCACAUUGAUAGGACACAAUUCUAGAUGGAAUAGUAAAAAGAAAGGUUUAAAGACAUGUAAAAAAAAUUCUUGUUAACAAAUUAUUUUUGGUAGCUAAUCUUAAAUGGUUUACUGCCAUGUCGGAGAGUUGCACUAUUAUACAGGUUUGAUUACUGCGUCUAAAACGUUUUAUAGUGGAAUUGUCAAGGACUUGGUUUCAAAACUAGCUGCCAGGAAACACAUAGUUACUAAAUUUUUUUCUGGCAGCUAACCUGUUUUAAGUAUGUUUUUACAUUUUUUAGAUGAUUUUUCUAAUGUUUUUAGCAGUAACCCUAAUAGGUGCAUAAUUGGGGAAAUAAAUCUUCUCUUCUGGUAUUUUUAGCUUCCAUCAGAUAAUAGGUACCCAAAGUGUUCAAAAUGGUAUAUUAGACAAAUCAUACUUGACUGGUGGCUUUACCCUUAUUUGGGAACAUACAUGUGUUCUCUUAACUUAAUUGGGUGGAUUUGUAAAGUAUUCCUUAAUAAAUACAGAAAGGGUAGUUAGAACACAGAACUUUGAUUUUGGCGUAGUUGAAGAGGGAAUAAUAGGAAAGUUUCCUAGGUAUAUAUGAAUUCAGGGUUCAUGUGCAUUUUGAAACUAUCUGCUAAUACAGAGAUGGUGCUGAAAUCUGUUACCUAGGCAUUUUCUAGCUGUAUAACAUUCUGCCAUUAAAAUCUUCAUAUUAAGGAGUGUUUCCCUGGCAGAAUUUGAUAAGUUGACUGCUAAAUUCAUUUAAAUCUGUUACUGGAUAUACAAUAUACAGAAAUUACUGAUCUUUUUUUGGGUAUAGGAAAUGAUGAGAACUGGGUUUAAAAGAAGAGACCAGUUAAUUGUACUGAGAAGAGAAGAUAGGGAACUGAGGUUUUCUGUUUAAAAUUACCUUCUUGGUAAGAUUUCUUCCAGGAAGAAAGCUUGGCAUUUUAAGGCAGCAGUUUCUUACUUGGUAAUGCCAGAAUGCAUUUAAUUAAUGCCAGCCCUGAGUGAACUUGUAGCAGGGUUUUUCCAAUGGAGUUUUCCUCUUUGUCUUUUCAAGUAUGGGUAGUUUUGACCAAUUUCCAGUGCCCUUGGCAUUUUACUUAAAGAACAACCACUAAAAAAACAAAAAACAAAACAAAAAAACCUCUUCAUAAUUUGAUUGUUCUCUUAUGCUUUUACUUUAUAAAUGCUUUUGAAGAAUACUCCUACCUCAUUAGCUAGUCAAGUUGCUGUGAUGAUCGACCUAUUUCUACAUAGGAAAAAAGACUUAGGGAAAAACAAGUACGUACGUCCUGGCUUGGCUAUUGAGGGGAAAAGAGAAAGAAUUGAGUGUUAUUUAAGUGUUCCUGACAGGGAUGUCAGAAAGAGCACUGUAAAAGCUUGAAAUUUUUAAAAAGCGCUGGCUAAUAUUUAGGUAUCUCCUGAAAUUCUUUGCUAUUUACUUUUUAUGGAAAUUAAUCCAGUGAAGCACUUAGAAGUUUUUUGUUUUUAAAGUAUUUUCCAGAUAAAGUCUAGGGGUAAACAUUCACAUAGUCACAAAUAUGUAAUUCUGUAAUUGUGGAAUAACCUGUAUGCUUUGUUUGGUACAUCUUCCAUGGAGAUGUCAAUGAAUAUAAUACUGCAUCUGUGAAUAUUUUAAAUGUUGAAAUAAAAAUAAAUGUGCCCUA